GGGGUCCGCCCACCGCUUCCGCCGCCGCGGCCGCCAGGGUGGGGGCGCGGCCCCGAGGGUCCGCCCGGCGGACGGCGGCCCCACUGCAGCCUGGGCUCCCGGCUCCGGCGGCGGCGGCGGCGGCGGCCUCCGUGGGGACACGGCCCCGCGGCGGACAAAGGCGGCCCCGCCAUGGCUCUGAGCGCGGACGGCCCCGGCGGCAAGGGCUCGGGCGCCCAGGAUCUGGAAUCCCUCGACACCUACAUCCAGAACACGCUCUCUGACCUCUACCCACCGUUUGAGGCCACGGCGGCCACGGUGCUCUGGCAGGUGUUCAGCGUGGCCGAGAGGCUCCACGGAGGUGAUGGGCUGCGCUGCCUCACUGACUUCCUCAUCCCUGCCACGAGGGCCCUGCAGCACCUGCAGCAGGAAGCCUGUGCCAGGUACACAGGGCAUGUGUUCUUCCACGAAGGCUGGCCGCUGUGCGUCCACGGGAAGGUGGUGGUGCAGCUGGCAUCCCUGCGCGGAGUGAGGCUCAGGCCCGGCGACUUCUACCUGCAGGUCGCACCGGCGGGGACGCAGUCCGCCAGACUGGUCUUAAAAUGCCUCUCCCGGCUGGGACGAGGCUCCGAGGAAGUUGCUGUGCCUGAGGCCACGUACGGCUGUGUCUUCACAGGAGAGUUCCUGGACCGGGUGAACAGGGAACGCAACAGCGUCCUCUUGAAAAACUGCUUGCUGACCUCAGGCUCUGCUGUCUACCGCACCCCAUGGAGCAACGUCACAGCCCCUGUGUUUGUACCCAUCGGCGGAAGAGUCCUGCCCCACUGCCCCAGCCGUCCUGGGCCUGAGCGGCCACCCAGCUGUGCCUCCGAGGCCCCGGCGCCGGCCAUGGCCAGCGACACUCGGACCCUGCCCCACGGCGGGGGGCCCGAGGACAGUGACCGGCCUGGCCACCUUCCUUCUCUGAGAAGAGCUGAGUGCGAAAGCCCCAGGAGCUCUGACAUCGGCCCAUGGGAGCCCCGUGCAAGCCCUGAAGGACCAGGAGGGAGACUGGACCCCGUGGACAAGCAGGAUGGCCCCCAGGCCCUCACCUCCCCCGAGGAUGCAGGCAGCCUGAGCUCCAGCAGGCGGCCGCCUGGGGCCCCUGCCACCACCGUGGAGGCCAGACGCUGGUUCAGGAAUUCCUACAUGGAGGCCCUUCAGAACCCCAUGCCCCUGGGCUCCAGCUCCGAGGAGGAGUCCCUCGUGGAUGAUGCCUGUGGCACCCGGAGCAAGAGGGCCGGGCCGGCGUCCACCCAGCCCCAGAAAGAAACCCCCGGCCCCCAGGGAGAACGCCAGGGGAUCCGGAGACGACAGAGCUGUCCGAGCGCCGCUGGAAGGACCCUUCCCAGGAGGUCUCAGUCCUGGGACCGAUCCCUCAGGAGCUCCCGAGGUGAUGCCCCCCAUUCGGCCAGCGCCGAACCCCGAGGUCACCUAGGAGGACAGGCUGUGGGGACCAGAGACUUGGGCUCCAGCCACCCCUCUGGCUGCACCAAAGAGGAAGCCGGUGUCCACACAGGUGACCGCAGCCUCCGAGGACAGGACCCCCGCAGGUGUCCUGACCUGCUCGCUGAGCUGCUGUGUUCCGAGGGUGAGGGACAGCCCCCCGGCACGGGAGACCUGCCCAGCCAGGUGCCCCGGCAGGUGCUGGAGAUCAGCCCGGAGCUGCUGCAGUCUGGGGCCGUCACCCUCCCAGGGACCCGGGACCGCCAGGGGAGAGCGGUAGUGCAGGUCUGCACAAGAGGCCCACUCUGGUCCAGCCAACACGUGUCCAGUGCCGAGCUGACCCGCCUGCUGAAGUACCUCCACGGCAUCCCCAGGAAGGAGGUGCGGGACCUGGGGCUGGUCAUCCUGGUGGACACACGCAGGAGUCCGGCUGUCCCUGCCCUCUCCCAGGCCCUGGCAGCUCUGCAGAACAUAUCUCCACCCAUAAUUCAUAGUAUUUUGCUGUUGGUUGAUAAAGAUUCAGCAUUCAGGCCUGACAAGGAUGCAGCAAUUCAGUGCGAGGUGGUGGGCUCCCUGAAGGCCCUGCACAAGUUUGUCGACAGCUCCCAGCUGACUGCAGACCUCGAGGGCUCCUUCCCCUACAGCCACAGCGACUGGAUCUGCUUCCGCCGGAAACUGGAGCCCUUUGUCACCAACUGCCAGGACGCCAUUGCUUUCUUACAAAAUUUAGUUAGCUACCUGAAUACCCACAGGACUCUACGCACGGCUCAGGAGGUCACAGAGUUAAUCAGUGAGCACAAGGCCAUAAUGAAACAAGUCCUGGAAGACGCACUGCUGGUCACCCUCCGCCUGGAAGGUGGGACUGUGCUAGCACGGCUAAGGAGGAAGGAGCAAGGAACCAGUGAAGACAGCCGAGACAGCAUUGAGGCUGCCUCCCGACUGUACAACCAAGUGGACGAAGAGGUGCACAGGCUGGUCCUCACCUCCAACAGGUGUCUCCAGGAGCUGGAGGGUCUGCGAGAACUGAGGGAACUCCAAGAGGAGCGUGACCAGAUCCAAGCGUGGUUUGAACGAGAGCACGAGAAGUGGCUGAGCCCUUUGGAGCUGCUCCCUGUGGAGAACGUGAAGCUGCUGCCGACGGUGGGUGCAGCCCAGCUCCCAGACCCCACAGCGAACAGGAGGAUGCUGCACAGCAGUGAGUGCCUGCAGCCCCUGGGCCCAGAGCUGGCGGCCGAGUAUCUAAAGAGCUGCCCCCAGGAUGCCAAGGCGGUGCUGGGCCUGGGCGGCCAGCAGGCGCUGGAGCAGUGGCACGCCUUGUGGCUGCGGUGCCAGCAGAUGCACCUCUGCCCCCAAAAAGCCCUUUUUGAGGCCGCCUCAGGCCCCAGUGCUCCACCUCCAGACCAGGAACUCUUGAAGCCUGAGCUCAUUCAAGGGGCAGAGAUGAGGCUCCGUGAGCCAUCCUGGACCCCCCUCGCUGCCCCUCAGGGCUGCGCUGGGGAGCGGGCACGACUGCUGCCCGGCCUCCCUGGACAAGUCUCUUUCUGCGGGCAGGAUGGCGAGCACCUGGACUCAGGUGUGCGUGCCCCAGACGACAGCUCCACCUGCCCCUCUGAGCCCAUCCAGAUCCCCGUCGUCCAUCACAGGAGACAUCCCCUGAAGAAAAUGAUGAAGAAAACACUCAGCUCGGAGGCUCCACCACUUGACAGCAGCCCCAGAGAUUCCCACUGGCCAGCCCACACUGGGGUCUGCGACAGAGGCCUGGAGGUGGCCUCAGAGAAGAAGCCCCCACUGAGGCCACACACCAGAAGCCCCCUGGUCACUCGGACCCGGAGCCUGUCCUCUCCCUCCAGGAUCCACGCCUCCGAGGAGGACAGGAGGAGGCCCGCAGGAAGCAGCCGCCUGCAGCACAUAAUGGCCGAGAUGAUCUCCACGGAGAGGGAGUAUGUUAGGUCCUUAGGAUAUGUCGUCGACAACUAUUUUCCAGAGAUGGAAAGGGCGGACCUGCCGCCCGACCUGCGAGGGAAGCGCGGCAUCAUCUUUGGGAACUUGGAGAAGCUCUACGACUUCCACCAGCGGCACUUUCUCUCGGAGCUGGAGCGCUGCCGGCACUGCCCCUUGGCCGCGGGCCGAGGGUUCCUGAGACACGAAGAACAGUUUGGCAUGUACGCGCUCUACAGCAAGAACAAGCCCCAGUCGGAUACCCUGCUCUGCAGCCACGGUCUCACCUUCUUCAAGGACAAGCAGCAGGCGCUGGGCGACAAGAUGGACCUGGCCUCCUACCUGCUGAAGCCUGUGCAGCGCAUGGGCAAGUACGCCCUGCUGCUGCAGGACCUGGUCAAGGAAGCCGGGCGCUGCCCCGCCCACGAGCAGGAGCUGGCGGAGCUGAAGGCCGCAGAGGACAUGGUCCGCUUCCAGCUGCGCCACGGCAACGAUCUGCUGGCCCUGGAUGCCGUUCGCCGCUGCCACGUGAAUCUGAAGGAGCAGGGGCAACUGAGAUGCCGGGAUGAGUUCAUCGUUUACUGCGGAAGAAAGAAGUACCUGAGGCAUGUCUUCCUUUUCGAAGAUCUCAUCUUGUUCAGCAAGACCAGGAAGGUGGACGGAAGCUACGACAUCUACACAUACAAGCAGUCCUUCAAGAUGGCUGACAUCGGCUUGACGGAGACCGUUGGGGACGGUGGUGUGAAAUUUGAGAUCUGGUUCCGCAGGCGACGGAAGUCCCAAGACUCCUACAUUCUCCAGGCCAGCUCUCCGGAGGUCAAGACCAUGUGGACCGAUGUAAUAGGGAAGAUCCUGUGGCGGCAGGUUCUGAGGAACAGAGAACUCAGAAUGCAAGAAAUCGUGCCUGUGGGCCUGGGCAGCACACCAUUCCUGGACAUCAAGCCCAGCGGUGCAGCCCUGAGUGACCAAGCUGCCGAGUACAACAUGAAUGGGACAGAGUCAAGGGCCCAUGUUUCCACAGCUGUGCCUGCCUGUAACCACCCCACGCCCUUCAAGAGACCGCACUCCACCAUCUCAGACAGCAGCACCUCCUCCUCCAGCAGCCAGUCCUCUGCUGCCCUGCAUGUGUCCCCCGGCCAAGCCCACUGGCCCUGGCCGCACGACGUCCACGCCUGCAUCGAGGAGGACGAGCCGGAGCAGGAGACGGGGAGCCAGCCCGCGCUACGUGCCAAGAGCUCGGAGUCUUCCCAGUGCAUGUCCGGGGACAGCAGCCCUGGCCCACCCGGGCUGUCACAGCCCCUGUUCUCUGAUAAGGGCCCCCAGAGCACACCUCCCCCCCUUCCACCGAGGGACCCGCAGCCACAGAUUGACGGAGCCCAGUUCAUCACGACCAACAACACCCCUCAUGUCUUCAGCUUCUGGAUAGCUAUUUGAGUGUCAGGCAAAAACACUCUCUCUGAGACCGGGAUGGGAUGUGGCUACUCCAGGCAGAGGAACCUCAGUCUAGACCUGCACAUGAGGUCUGAGGAUGAAGCUCCAGCUGGGCGCUCCUGCCACACCGGCCCCGGGAUUCUCGGUCACACGCCCCUUGGGACCUGAAGUCAUUUCCAUCAAUUAACCGCUCAGCCUGUGCAUGGCCAGGCCUCCGCUUCCUUCUUCCUGUAUGGUUCUUCCACCUCCGUCCAGCACCGACACCCCAUGCGGCCCAGCCUCUCCCACUGUGGUGGGAGCACACAGACCCCUAUCCCAUGCGGAGGCCCAGACACGCGUGGGCCUCAGAGCAGGGUGAGCCCUCUGGGACUGUGUCUCUGUACAUCAGGCCGUGGGUGACGGGCCCCGCAGAGAUGGGUCCCAGGUGCAGGGUGAAUAUAAGGGAACCUCCGUUCUGUUUCCCAUGUAGCGAGUUGUAUGUAGUCAGCAGAGCAAGACUAGAGUUAGGCUCAGGGGCCACAGGUGACCCCCUGUGAGCCUGGGUGGAGGCUGCACCCUGCUUCCCAGGCAGGCACCAGGGUGGGGCAGGGGCACAGCAGGUGGGCUUGCAGCUCUGAGGAGCCGGUGCCGGAGGCCCGUUGGUGUGGACGUUGCCCGAGAAGACCACCCUCACCAGAGGAGUUGAAUCGGAAGCAGGGAGAGCCUGGGAGACGCCAGACCUGUAAUGAGCUUCCUGCUGCAGACAUCCCUCACCCCCACCCCGCACCACCACCACCACAUGGACCUCCAGGACCAGGGAGUGCUGGUGGCAGGGGCCACGCUUCUCUGAUCUGCCAGCGUGGAGACUGUUUUGUCACAUUUUUAGUGCUGACGUGUCCCAAACUUAGGAACAGAAAUAAAUAGGAUGUGUUUUUACCAAGUG